AUGGCUUCGAACACCGAAGAACCAGGCAAAGCUUCUCUUUUGAGCGACGACGAACUGGGGUCAAUGCUCAAGUGGGUUACCGACCCAGAUGACAGAAAAUCCUUCUCCGAAGUCUGCAAGCAAUGGUCCAAAGUCGAGGGUCUAAACCGAUCAUCCCUCCGUCUUCUCCAACCUGAUCUCCUCCGCCGUGUUCUACCCAGGUGCCCAAACUUGAUCUCCUUCCAAACCCAGGAGUCCUUCUCCGACGCCGACCUCGAAUUCUUGGUCCAAACAUGCCCCAGGCUCGAAGUCAUCAACCUCAGUGUUUGGGACCACGCACCCAAGGUUGAACCUUUGUUGUCUUCUGAUGGUGUUUACGCACUGGCAAUUCGGUGUCCGAACAUAACAAAGCUUUUGCUUAGAAGAAGAUUGAAGACAGGAGUUGUUGCGGUUGCGAAGUUGUUACCCAACUUGACGCAUUUGGACUUAGGAUUCUGUCAUGAGGUUGAGGACAAAGACAUUGAAGCCAUUGUGUCGGCGGCGAGUUCGAUUACCUAUUUGAACUUGGAAGGUUGUUUUUGUGUCACAGAUAGAGGUUUGGAGUUUCUGUCGGAUGCGUCAUGUUCGAAAACGUUGAAGACAUUGGUGCUUGCAGGGUGUUGUAAGAUCAGUGACUGGGGGGUUUCGGAUUUGCGGUACAUGUGUUGCUUGGAGAAUCUGAGUUUGGCUAACUAUGGGGACAAAAUCACUGACGUGGGCUGUUUUGCGAUAUCGGAGAUUAAAACUCUGAAGAGGUUGAACUUGGCUGGGUUGAUGUCACUGACAGACCAAACAGUUGUUGCUAUUGCUGAGAAUUGCCUCAACUUGGAGGUGCUUAAUUUGAGUGACUGUCAAAGCGUGACUAGAGCUGGUCUUCAUGCCUUUUCGGGUCACACAUGCUUGAAUACUCUUGUUUUGCAUUAUUGUUUCAAGUUUUUUGGGAUUGAUUUGGAGCUCUUGGUGCUGGAGUGUCCGACAUUGAAGUGCAUUGUGGUGGAUGAGUAUUUGGGACGGCAGAUAUUGCCACAAAUGCAAGAGAGCACUAGAAGAUGUGUGAGUUACAAGUUUAUUUGUGAUUGGUCUUUCAAAGACCUUGAGAUGUAA